UGGGAUGUGAAGCGUUGAAGCUCCUCCGGCUGGACGCUGAGGAGACGCGUCGAUGCAGGAGAUGCAGACACACCGACAGAGGCAAACGGACCGAUAGGAACACGGAGCAGGAGUAAAGGCCGUCGGCUUCGAUCUCAUGGAUGAACCUGGAUGCUGUUUUCUUCUUUGCUCUCUGGGAGCUCCACAGUAGAAGUCCGGUUCCUCUGAGAGCUUCUACAAAUGACUGUCCUGCACUGCCUCUUCAUCCUGUCCGGCUUGACCGUCGCCUCGCCUCUGGGUUUGGAGGAGGUUUUCUUCAGUCCUCAGAACCAGACGGUCAGAGAGGGAGGGGCCGUUUUCCUGCAGUGUGUGUCAGGAGAGAGCUCUUCUCCUGCAGAAAUCUUCUGGCUCAAAGAUGGAGGCGUGGUCACCAGGGGAAGACACUUUCAGGGCGAGUACGGUGGCGGGCAGCAAAACAAAACCUCAGGCACUCUUCACCUUUCUAACGUAACACCACGUGAUGAUGGAAUAUAUGUUUGUGUCACAAGAAAUCCUUUACUGAACAUCAGCAGGAAGAGCAAACCGGCCAAGCUGACCGUGCAACGGGUUCCGAGGAAGCUGCAGAUCACCCAGGGCCCUGACAACACAACCGUUGCUAUGGGAACCAACGUCUCCAUGCAGUGCAGUGUUUCUGGGUUCCCCGUUCCCAUGGUGCGCUGGUUCAAAGACGGUCUGCUCCUGCCCGACCGCUCGGCCUCAUUCAGCCUCCAGAACAAUGGACAGCUGCUCACAUUCAGAAAUGUGACACAGAAGGAUGAGGGCUUUUAUCACUGUGAAGCAUCUGACCAGAACCAGACCGUCCAAUCAGAGCCGGCCUUCCUCCUCCCAGCUGAGAUGGGCUGGACUUUUGUGCAGGAGCCCUCAAACACAACGGUUAAGAGAGGAGAGAACCUGACUCUCACCUGCAGUCCUCCACACAGCCGACCGGAUGCCCGGGUCACCUGGUUCAGGAACGACCAGCUGCUGCUUCCCAGCGGCCGCAUCACCGCGCGGCCCAACGGGGACCUCUUCUUUCUGAGCGUCCAGGACAGCGACGGCGGCAGCUACUUCUGCAGGGCCUCCAACGUCCACCUCCACAGAGUCAUCACGUCUACCAGAGCAGCCGUCACUGUGCUGUCCCCUCCAACAGUGACACUGCGCCCCCAGGUGUUGACGGUGGCUGAGGGGGCUCAGGCUGUGCUGGAGUGUGAGGUGUCGGGUCAUCCCUCGCCGUCCAUCAGCUGGGUGAAGAGAGGCCACUCCAAGCAGACGGGAGGCAGGAUGGUGCUGGGUCGGAGAAAUGCAAGUCUGCACAUCCAGUCUGCCAGGAGCUACGAUGAGGCGGAGUAUCUGUGUGAGGCGUCCAACGUGGUGGGGAGGAGCCGCAGCACCGCACUGCUGAGAGUUGCUGUGAGCCCCGUUAUUGUGACCCACUCUGAUCAGGUGGUGUGCAGGGCGGGGGCUCGGGCGAUCCUGCCCUGCAAGGCCGUGGGGGUUCUGCCCAUCACGUACAGGUGGACCAAAGUCCGAGCUGGGGUCCAGAUCUCCAUCAGCUUCACUGAAGACAGAUACGUCAGUGACGGAGACCUGCACAUUUCCAGGGUUCAGCAUUCAGAUGCAGGACAGUAUUACUGCGAGGCUGAAAACCCAGCCGGGCGACAUCAGAGGCGCACGGUGCUCGCAGUCACAGGUUCUGGCUCCAACAACUCGACUACCUCCCUCACGUUUCCAAGGAAACCUGUGUCUGAACUGAAAAUACCUCCCGAGCCGCAUCAGGUUCUACAGCAGCACCUCAACCAACAAGCAACCAAUCCAACCCAAGUGUUGGUGACACAGAUUCAGCCCCCCAUGGUACCCCCGCCGCCCCAUCCACACUUCCAGUCGGCUGAACUCCACACCCCGCAGACCAGUGAUCGUCCGUCCUCCAGCGGAGCUCCGGUGAUCCCCUCUGAAGUUCGGGAUUCAAUUCCAUUCAUUGACGGUCAGACGUCAACAUCCGGGAAUGCGGAGAAGCCUCAAAAAGUCCCUCAAGAAUUGUUUUUACGCUCUUAUACUGCUGGUUCUCACACCAGCGAUGAGUCCAGUCCAAACCCAGCAGGACCCAACUCUGACUCACUCAACCCAACUUCCACUCAAAGUUCUGGUACCCAAAGCUGGAUGAGACCCUCAGAACUUUCAUCCGAGCCUCAGUCUCCCCAGCUGGUGACCUUUUCCCAUCUCUCCCAACCGACGGAGGCUCCUCCUCCAUCUUCAUCCCCUCUGACCCUUCCUCGACCAUCUUUCACCAUAAAUGUUUUACCAAAGUUUCAUCUGGAGCUUCCAACGCUCCCGUCUUUCCUUCCACCUUCAACUUUAGAGCAUGGAUCAUCUCCACAGCAGCGUCCUCUUCCUCCAUCCUCAGCUCCUCAACAUAAUGACAAAGUCCUCCAUCAAAGCAACAGAUCGGUUCCUCUAAACCAGACAGAAAAACCUCGCAGUGACAAAGAGCCGGCAGACUCACGGUCCAAGAGGAACACCUCCCGGCCUCCUGUGAUUCUCAGUGAUCCAAAGGGGACUCAGCCGCCCCCGUCAUGGCUGCCGGUGCUGGAAAAGCACGACAUCCCCGUGGUGGUGGGAGUGGGCGUGUCUCUGGCCUUCAUCUUCAUCACCGUCACCUUCUACUCGGUGGUGCAGAAGAAUGAGCCGGCACAAACGGGCCGAGCAGCUCAGAGGAACUUUGGGAUCCCAGUUCGACACGCUGACUGCCGCGCUGCAGGACGCACCUAUGAGAACAGAGCUUUUGAGGACGACGACUGUGUCGCCGUGAUUGAACAGAGCCCGAACACAUCGGACACCAGAACCCGACCUCCUGGGCCUUGUCUGGUCACAGUGCAGAUGGAACCCACUUUCCAGGAGCUUUCUGAGAACGAUCGGCCGCUUCUGGAGAACACCUCGGUCACCGUGGAGACCUAUCCUGAACCCGUCGCUGACACAGAGGUGGACUCGUCCGUGGAGGAGGAGAAAGGCUGCACGCUGCAGUCCGCUGAGGACUGGACCGGCAGCAGAGGAGACAUCCCCAGCCUGUGCCAGGAGACGUUACCCCCUCCCUCCUCCUUUCCCUCCCCGUCCCCACCCUCCAGACGCGAGGAGGCCCUCCACUCCUCUCUAACUCUGCAGAGCGCCGAGUUGAGCGUGGCGCCGAUCCAGCACAGCCUCAGCGUUUCCGGCGGCUCGCCUCCCCUGCUGCUCUCGCAUCACGUGUCUCUGGGCCUCACGACGGUUGCUGUCGACGUGCAGUUUUACCCAGCAGCCACUGCUCCCGUCGCAGUGGGCGCCAGCACUCGGAUAAAUUCAGCAUCAAACUCCACGCCAGCGACUGUGCCUCUGUUCAGCCCCUCGCUGGUCAACAGCCAGGAAGAGGACGACCCGUCAGCCAGCAAGUUUCCUGCCAGGAAGUAGGUCCUACCACUGACUGUACCUGAGAACUGGAGUGAGCAAGUGUGAUGUCAUCGGUCUGAUUCAACAUUUCUGUGGCAGUAACUCUCACCAAUCAGGAGUGAGCUGUUGGAAGAUCCACCCCUACCUGAACAGAAUCUGUGAAACGUGUUGAACAUUGGAUAUGGGGAGGAGUCACUCAGUCCAAUUCUCAUAUACAGUCGAUGUAGAUAGUCCAGACGCACAAAAUGGCAUCAUAUGUUUAGAAUGUAUUUAUUUUUUUAGAACAUUUUCUUUGAAAGUUUAUGUGUGAUUGAUUUUACAAUAAUUUUAUAUUUAAAGACACAAAUUCUGUACACAAAGUCAUAAACAAACAGUUAUGUUUAAACUAAUCAAAUCCAAAAUGUGCCUUUUAGACCACAGGCAGCAUUUCUGCUCUUUCUCUUAACCUUUUAACUACCCAAAAACAAACAAAAAGUUGAUUUGCUCUUUAUACUUCUUAUUACCCUUAUUACAGAGACCCUAAAGGGACAUGAAAGCAAAAAUAAAACUGAAGUAUUUUUUUCUAAAAAAACACUGCAAAAAAAA